AUGCAGUUCCUCAGCAUCGCCUCUCUCCUUGCUCUCGCGACUCUUGCUUCAGCAAAGCUUCACAGCCAAGCUGUCUGCGUCACCAACCGCCACUACGACCCCAUCGGAGGAACGGCAUGGAGCCCCAGCUACAACUGGAGAGUGAACUAUGAAAUUCUUCCCGACGCUACCAACUGCGCCUGCGCCUACUAUCGAAACCGCAACACUGGUAACAACCAGUGGGACAAGUGCCCUGAUUGUAAAUUUGAUGGUCUUGUCUGUGGGUCUAACGGCUGGCAUAUUGGCGGUGACGAGUUCACCUACUAUUGUGAGAAGAAGUGUGGAGCUCAAGGCGCAGAGGCGAACUAG